GUAAAAUGUGUUCUUGUAGCAGACGGGCCAGGAAAAUACAGAAGGAGACAGAAACAAAAAGUGUUGCAAAUAGUUUGAUUAACUUGAAAGCCAUGUCCAGUGGAAAUAACGAGCCUUGGAUCUUCAUCACCGACUCAUUGCCAUCUGACCCCCGUCUCAUGGCAACUGUAGCUAAUGGAUAUCUGGGUAGCAGAGUCUUUAGUGAUGUUCUUCAUGUGAAUGGAGUGUAUAAUGGAUCUGUAGGGGACUGUCACAGAGCAGAUGUCCCCAGCCCUCUAAAUGUCAGAUUAUGCCCAGCAAAAGAAGAAAUUAUAUCAGAGAAAUUUUUAUUAAACACUAAAACAGGUACAUUUAAUCACAUUCUUGAGUGUUCAUCAUUCACAGCUACACAACAAAUCUUUGCUCACAGAUCUCACACUCACCUUUUGGUUAACAUUAUAACCAUAAAGCGCACAAGAGGAACUGACCUAGUAACCUUAAACCUCAGAACUUCUUUCAAGGUCAAAAGCGAGGAUCUGAGGCUGCAGAGGGGACAAGACUUCCAUGAGGCAGAGUACAUAUAUGGAAGCACUCUAAUACCAGAGGUGAAGUCUUGUCCAUUGAAGUCUGUUCAUAUGAUCUGGACCCCUGUUCCAAAGGCACUGACACUUUUAUUUGAGCAAGAAAAUUCUUGGGUGUUUCUUACCUCAGUCUCUGAAUCUGAAGAAGAUGUAAAGGAGAAAUAUGUUGAAGGUCUUAUUUUGGUUGAAGAAAAAAAACUUUAUUCAUCCCAUGAGAAAGCAUGGGCUGAUAUAUUGGCAGAAAGUUCUAUAGAAGUUGAAGGCUCAGUGACCCUGCAAAAGUCAGUAUAUGGAUGUCUUUUUUAUCUAUUAAGUUCUCUUCCACCUUUGGGAUCCACUGAAGAAUUUUCUGGAAUUAGUCCUGGAGGUCUAUCAAACGGUAGAAGCAAAGAAGAUUAUUGGGGUCACAUAUUUUGGGAUCAGGACACAUGGAUUUAUCCCAACAUUGUUCUUCUUUACCCAGAGAUGGCACGUCAUAUAUUGAGAUACCGAAUCCGGACAUUAGGGGGAGCUGUGCAAAAUGCUCAAGAGAAGGGAUAUAAGGGUGCAAAAUACCCCUGGGAAAGUGCGAUGACAGGAUACGAAGUGUGCCCAGAGCAAAUUUAUGGAGAACAGGAAAUUCACAUUAAUGGCGACGUUCUGAUGGCAUUUAAACAGUAUUAUUACAUGACGCAGGAUCUGGACUUAUUUGCUUCUGCUGGAGGCUGGGAUGUUGUGAGGUCAAUUGCAGAUUACUGGUGCAGUAGAGUUGUUUGGAGCACAGAAGAAAACUGUUAUCAUCUCAAAGGCGUGAUGCCCCCAGAUGAAUAUCAUAGUGAUAUAGAUAAUUCUGCCUACACAAAUGUCUUGGUGCAGCUCAGCUUAAAUUUUGCCAUAGAACUUGCGAUGCAGUUAUAUUAUCCUAUCCCGGAUGAAUGGACAGCUGUAUCAAGCAAAAUCAAAAUCCCAUACGAUCCCAAGCUGAAUUAUCAUCCAGAAUAUGAUGGGUAUGAAAAGGGUCAGGAUGUAAAACAAGCAGAUGUUGUCUUGCUCGGCUAUCCGGUAAUGUUCCCCAUGACUCCAGAACAACGUAAAAAUGACUUGGAUUUCUAUACAUCAGUAACUGAUCCCGAUGGUCCAGCCAUGACUUGGAGCAUGUUUGCCAUUGGCUGGAUGGAACUAAAACAGACUGAGUUGGCAGAACAAGAGAUGAAGAAAUGCUUUACAAACAUAACAGAGCCAUUUAAGAUCUGGACUGAAAAUGCUGAUGGAUCAGGAGCUGUAAAUUUCCUUACAGGAAUGGGAGGAUUUUUACAAGCUGUACUGUUUGGUUACUCAGGCUUCAGGAUUACCAAGAACAGUUUGAACUUUGAUCCUAUUUGUUCUGAGGAUUUUACUAAAUUGCACAUUACAGGAGUUUGUUAUCGUGGAAACAAACUAAAUUUUAUUUUCACCAAAGAAAAAAUUACAGUUGAGUUAACGUCAGUAUUAUUUACCCAGAGUUUUGCACUAGAGAUCACAUUUGGAGAUGAGGCACCUCAUAUACCGUUAUAUGUUGGUAAACCAGUAUCAUUCGCCCCCAGACCUGGACGUAUACAACUAAGACGGUCAUGUUGGCCACUGUAGUAUUAAUGAAUAGUAUUAAAGGAACAUAAAAGUAUAAAAAGCUGUAUCAUUUUCUUUGUAUUUCUUGUUAAAUUCUAUAAAACAAAUUAAUAAAUCCUAAACAGUGAAUAUAUUUGUAGGUUAAAUGGUCAGUCGGCUGGAACAUUUGGAGCAUUUAAAUGUGGUUAUUUGUUUGAUAUUUAAGUACAUCUAUUUGCGUAUUGAUUAUGUAUUUAUAAUAAUAGAUACAGUUUAUACAAUUAAUCUGGAUAAGAAAACAAGGCAUAAACUUGUUUGCUUCUGUAUUAGCAUAUCUGUCCACUUUGACUUGCUAGAGGCGGAAGUUAAUUCAGCAACCAUAUUUAUUUAAAAAACAAUCAAACCAUUUUGCACCAUAUUCAUCUUGAAGAUCAGCGAAUGAAUAAUAACUUUGGCACAUGAAUAUUUGAAUUUAAGAAUCUGAGAAUGAAAUGUCUCUGUCUCCCUCUGUAAAAGUAACCAUUCAUUUUACAUUACAUGUAUGUAUUGAUAUGUGUGUGUCAGCUUAGGGGGCAAAUACAAACAUACUGACGAUUGUUCUAAACAUAUGUUUUGUAGCAACACUGUUCUGUUUGCCCCUUUUAUGUUGUUCGUGAUUUGUCUCCAACACCUAUUAAUUCUCAUUGUAUACGCCACCUAAGAGAUGGUGAAAUAUAUUUGCGAAAAGGAACACAAAUAUAGUCACAAACUUAUUGAUUCAAUCAUUGCUAACUUUGAAAACUGGCGUAAUAAAUGACAGACAAUGAUGAAUCCGCAUGAGAAUUAGCAGCGAAUUAUUUGAUGGGAAUGGUGAUUGAAGGCAUGUUCACUGAUGCAAACAAUCCAUUUAUUUUAAUAGAGUUAGUUUGUUGAUAAAUUCGAUUAGCGGACUUUGAUGCGAAAAUACAUGCGGAUCACAAGUUAAAAAAUGGGGACCUAUGUCUCAAGCUUUGAAGUCUUUUUUUUUUUUUCAAAAAGUUUUUUAUUAGUACAGAAAAAAAAGUAUUACAUUCAUUUGACAACACAUAGAUAUGGGUAAUAUCCAUACCAUAUCUAGACAGCGUCCAAACCAAACCAAAAAAUACAGAGAUCAUAUAUAAAUCAAGUGUCUCAUAAAGGAAAUAAGAUAAGGUAACAAUUCAAAAGUACUCCAUAUAUAGCUAUGGUAUCAUUGACUAACAUCAUAUACCUCUGAGUUUACUAAUAGAGGAAAGAGGAAAAGAGCAAAAAAUAAGACACAAUCUGUAUCGCCCCUUCCCUCCCAAGACAGGAACACAAGUAUAUUCCUACUUAUCUGCCUUUGGAUGGGUCCAUAGAUUAGAUUAUUCUCCUCUAACUCUUCUGAAACCCCUUCAUCGCUAUUUGCGUUCAAAACCUGGUCAGCUUUAACUAAAUAAUUAACUUCUUCUAGCUUCAAAUGCUCAUUAGGUCUUAUUUCCUGUUACUAAACUAAGUAAUCCAAAUAGAUCCCCUCUCUGAGCACUUGUUAACUAACCCUAAUGCCUCUAGAGACUGGGCUACCUAAAAUAUCUACAUCUAAGGUCAACAUGUUCACUUCUUUAUAUAUGCCUGAUUUUCGGGACCACUAACGGUACUUGUUGGGGGGUACCUUUAUAUUCAUAAGCUCUAUAUAGUGCUCCUCAACGAAACUUAAUCCUAAUACGCUAAUUAUCACAUGCCAUCUAGCACUCUAUGGAUUAACCCUAGGGGAGGACAACGGGUGGGGGACGGAGAAGAGAAGGAAAAAAAAAAAAAGCUUUGCAGUCUGAAUCCAACUAACGCUCUAUUUUUAUUUGCCAGAUAUUAACAAAUAUGUGAAUUGACAAUUAGUGAAACAAGAUAUUUCACUACAAAAGCAUAUCUUGUUUCACUAAUUGUCAAUUCAGAUUAAUCUAUGCACAAGCACCAACCCAUUUUAAUAAUUUAUGUGAUAAUAUAUAUUAAUAGUACAACUAAGUGGGGCUAGCCUUAAUAGUGCCAUUGUAAGCAAUUUCCAUUCAAUUAACAAAUAUGUAUAUAUACUUACAUUUUUUAUUGUCUAACAAAAAAAAUGUAACAUCAAACAACAGACAUAUACGAAAAUAUUGUUCUCUCAAGGGAUCAAAAUCUUGAAGUUUUAUGUUUACACAUAUCACUUUGAUACUAAAGGAGGAAUCUUGUGCAAUAUUAUAGAAGUUUUACAUAUUCCAUUUCUGUAUAGGAUUCAACUUGUGGUUGUGUUAAUGGAAUCAACUGCAAAAGGGAAAUUAAAUAUUCAUUAUUUAUGAAAA